AUAGAGCAACAUGAAGUUGCUUAAUUUCGUGGCAUUUUUGCUGUGCUUAAUUUCAAAAUUGGUGAUAAGUGAGGAGGUUAGCCCUGAAUUUACAAAAGUAUGGGGCCCGGGGCUGUUACCUGAUUUAAUUGUAAUGCCAGCAAGAUAUUUUUUUAUACAGGCAGUGGAUAUUAAGAAUGAAACCAUUGAAGAAUCUUUACCUGAAGGUUUCAAUGUUAAAAUUGAGGGUUUAACUGAAUUAAACAAACCUUGUAGAAUUUGGGUGAAUAAUUUGGAUAGAAAGGAUGGUUCUUAUAUUAUUAGAUACAAAAUGUAUGAGCCGUGUAUUAAUAUGAAUAUUAUUAUUAAAUAUAAAGAUAAACAUGUCUCAGAGUCACCAUAUUUAAUAAAAAAUAAGGUUUAUAGUGAUGAUUGUAAUUGUCCUUUAAAGAAUGUUGAUAAUUUUAUAGAAAAUUGGGAGUGUGAGGAUUUGCCUUAUUUUAUGAGCAACAAAAUAAGCAAUUUUGGAGAUAUUGACUGGGAUACAACUAGGGACAAACUCAUACAAAAAUUUAAUCAACCAUUGGCAGUCAGCAUAUGCCAGUACAUAAUAAAAAACAACGAAAUCUACAGAAAAUGCUAUGGAAAGUAUGUUGGUUUCUCCAUGUUCAUGGACAGCAUUCUAAAAUCACUAGUGAGGAAAGUAAAACUCCCGGAUUUGGAAUUUUUCGUCAAUUUGGGAGACUGGCCUCUGUCCAGUUUUGACUUUCCAGAAAAAUAUCCCAUCUUGUCCUGGUGCGGAAGCAAAUCCUCUUACGACAUUGUUAUGCCAACUUAUGACAUCACAGAAUCCAGUUUGGAAAAUAUGGGAAGGGUUAUGUUGGAUAUGCUGUCAGUUCAAGGAAAUACACUGGAAAAAUUCGAAAAUCGUAUCCCAAAGCUGUUUUGGAGGGGUAGAGAUUCAAAUAGGCACCGUUUGGACCUAAUUUUGAUGUCUAGAGAGCACCCUGAAUUAUUUAAUGCUUCUCUGACGAAUUUCUUUUUCUACAGGGAUGAGGAGCAUAUUUAUGGUCCAAAAACUGAGCAUGUGUCGUUUUUUAGGUUUUUUGAUUAUAAAUAUCAGAUAGCUAUAGAUGGUACUGUGGCUUCCUAUCGACUACCAUAUUUACUAGCGGGUGGUUCUUUGUUAUUUAAACAAGAUUCUAUGUAUCAUGAACAUUUUUACCACCAAUUAGAACCAAAUUAUCACUAUGUACCAGUCAAAAAAGAUCUCUCCAAUCUUCUAGAGAAACUCAAAUGGGCAAUGGAAAACGAAGAAAAAGCGCUGAAAAUUGCAAAAAACGGACAAAAAUUCGCAAAUGAAAACUUACUACCCCACAACAUAUUUUGCUAUUACAUUAACCUUCUUAAAGAGUUAAAAGAAGUCACUAAAAGCCCUGUUAGAAUCUUUGAAGGUAUGGAGAGGGUAAAUCAAACAAAAACUCAAGAUUGCAAAUGUACAGACAAUAUCAAAGAUGAACUUUAAUAAAUAAUUAUAAUACACACAAUAAUUGUUUUAUUUACCUUAAACUAAAUUACAUUUAAAAGCUCUUACUGUAUCCACUUUUGUCCACGUUCACUAAAAUUAACUCCAAUUCAUGUAAUAACUCUUUUUUUACCGCAUCUGGCACCAGUGCCCUUGCUUUGGGUGUUACUGUACUUAUUAGUUCGUCCACUGUUGGAACGUGUUGAUCAUUUCCAUUUUCCACUAUGGCUUUUCUGCAGGCCAAUCGGACCUGAUCCCUCCAGCCGCAUUCCACCAGACGAGUUUGUACCAAUUCUGUCACUCUAAAAUAAAUUUUGUGGUUUGAAAAAACUAAUUUUUUAGUUUAUGCAACAAUAUGGAAACAUAACAACACCAUUAUUAUCUACAACAUUUAUGGAUACUAUUUAAUUUCUAAUAUUUUUUAUUUAUCUG